GCGGUGGAUUCAUUGCGUUAGUGAAGCUCGGCGGAUAUGCUGUUGAAAGGUCUCCUAGGUUUAGCGCCGGUUUUCGCAGCCGCCUUCGCAGGCACGCCUGUCGUGCUAUGGCACGGACUUGGGGACACGUGUUGCAACCCUCUGAGUAUUGGGGGCUUCACAUCAUACCUCGAAAGAGAGCUCAAUGGCACUAAAGUUCUGUCGUUGAAAAUCGGUUCAAAUUUCGUCGACGAGAUGAAGAACUCCUAUCUGAUGAACAGCAACGAUCAGGUGGCGGAAGCUUGCAAGAUAAUCCGAGAGGAUCCCGAUCUCAAAAACGGAUAUCACGCCGUCGGCUUCAGUCAGGGAGGACAAUUUCUGCGGGCAGUGGCGCAGAGAUGCCGUAACCCGCCAAUGAAAGUCCUCGUUUCGCUCGGCGGUCAGCACCAGGGUGUCUUCGGACUUCCCCGAUGCCCUGGUAGCUCAUCGACGCUAUGUGAAUACACGCGAAAAAUUCUGGACUACGGAGCGUAUUGGUCUUGGGUCCAGAACGAGCUGGUUCCUGCCCAGUACUGGCACGACCCAAACGAUGAGCAGACCUACGCUAACAAGAGCAUCUUCUUAGCUGAUAUCAACAACGAGCGUGUCGUGAAUCAGACGUACAGGGAAAACCUCAGCAAACUUGAGAAACUGGUUCUGGUGAAGUUCGGGGCAGACUCAAUCGUUCAACCCCGAGAGAGCUCUUGGUUCGGGUGGUACAAAGCAAAUCAAGAUGUUGCAGUCAGCGAUAUGGAAGAUACCGCUCUGUAUAAGGAGGACCGGAUCGGUUUGAAGACUCUGAAGGAAUCUGGAAGACUCGAUCUGUUGGAGAUCGCUGGAGCGGAUCAUCUCCGAGUUUCGGAAAAAUGGUUUACAGAAAACAUAAUCAACAGAUAUUUCUGAGUGGCUCCAGCACCUCCAUAUCGAGCUAGCUGUUCUCCCAAACACUCGAAGAGAAUAAAUCACGCAAGAGCAUCGAAUCAAUCCC